UCCUCGUAGCUCGCGCGCGGACUGUAAUUAACUAGUAAUAAGUAUGGUACUAGUUGUACGUAAUACAUACUUAAUACUUUCAUGGUAAUUUUAAACAAUUAAAUAAUCUGUGAUGUAAACCAUAGAUAAGAUAAAUUUAAACAGAUGUAAACAUUGUAAACACAAGAAGAUGAAUGCGUUAUCUUAUUUUACCUGUUUAAAAAAAAGUAAUAUUUCUCAAACUGCCAUAAUAUAAAAUAUAUUAACUUGAUUCGUUCGUAAGUAUCGUACCUACCUACUUUUUAAAUGAUAAUUAACAGGAAUACUCAAUUGUGUUAACUCACUUUUGAAACUCAAAAGUUGUAAACAAAAUAACGAAGAGCUAGUUGUAUGUAUAUGAACAAAUUGGAAUAUCGCAGAAAACUGCCAUUUCAUAAUUAUGGAGGGGUUCUGUCGGGGAUGUCUAAUAAAAUAUGAUGAACCUAUGGAGCUUGUACAAUACAGUGAGAAGAAUAGAAGAUUGUUCAUGUACUCUACUGGUUUGCAGGCAAAACGAAAUGAUUCAUUCACGUUUCAACUUUGCAAAGAUUGUUAUUUAAAUAUGAAGACAGCAUGUAAAUUCAAAAAACAAUGUCGCUCUUCAGAUAAAAAGCUAAAAAAUUUUGUGGCAAUGAAAAAUAAUGGCGAUGAUGUUGAUUUCUGUAAUUUUUUAAAGAACAGUGACCAUCCUUUCACUUUUAGAUUUCCUACAAUGACUGGGAACAAUACACCUGCAACUCAAGGAGAUGAUGAUAAUGAAUCUGUAUGCACAAGCAUACGCAACUUCAUGACCGACAUCCUACAGGGCGAGGAGGUACCGGAUGCUGAAGCCAGGAUCAUACGAGAGGUGAUUGAAGAAGAGGCUGACGUUUUGGAUGAUUCAUUAGAUUCUCAGUGGCUUCAGGAUGAUGUAUCCAUUGAUACAGAUUUUAGAUUGGACUUUAAUUUCAGUCCGUUUUCAACACCGCGCUCGAUUGAGAAUGAUCAUUGUUACACGCCUAAAAAAAGCCCUGUACAGAAGGACCAAUUGAAUAUCAAUUAUUAUGCAAAUAAUAAAAUCAUGGACCAACAAAAGGAAAACAUUGAAGAAAACGAUAAAGAAAUCGAUUUUUUUGGUUACAAUAAUGGUGAUAUUAAAAGUAACGUAAUUAUUGAUAACAAUUACAUUGAUGAAAUACAAAAUGACCUACUGUAUGAUAUAAAUUCUGAGAACUGUAAAGACGAUUUAAAUGUAAACAUUAAUGUUGACGCAAAUCUCGAUUAUCAAGUUAAUGAUGGUAAUAAAACCAAAGAAAAUAAACACGUAGAAGUAAAUAACAUUCUAAUAGAAAAUAAUUCACAAAAUAAUGCUACAAAACAAGAAAAGGUUUUGGGACAAUUUUAUCUUCCCGGGGACAUAACAAAGAAAAAUAUUGCCCUGGAUAAUAAUGAUGUACAAAAUGGAGCAAAAGACAACAUAGACAAAAACUUGGAGCAAGCCUUGAAAAAUGAACUCAAUACGGAAUUUUCUUUAGAGGGGUUGCUAGCGUCACCGACAGUAUUACCGAGACUGUCAACGCCCGUCACGCCAAUCAUAAACAAUAUUUUAUUUGGAGAUAAAAUAGAUUUAGAAUCUCAGAGCAAUGGAAGCGACCACAAAACUGGUCAAUGCAUAGAGAAAUAUGAAAACGUCGAAGGAAAUAUAGAAAUUUUAGAAGAAUUCUUUAAUAUGAAAAAUUCUAAUUUCAAUUUAGACGAUGAAAACAGCAUGAUAGAUGCGAAUAAAAACACUGAUGUCGCGAAAUCAAUGAACGAAUUGUUCGAUUUAGAAAAUUGUUUCUGUAAGGAAUGUAAGAAGAAAUUCAAGGAUAUGAAAGCGCUUAGGAUACACUCGCGGAAGAUUCAUCGUUACACAAUUAAGAAUCCUAAUAAAGACGAUCACAGAUACAAGCGAAGGAUAUGCGAUAAAUGUGGCAAAGAAUUCAAUGACAUGGCUCGUUUCUGUAGACACAAGAAGCAGCAUGCAAAUGAGAACAAAAUUUAUCGUUGCGACCAGUGCAUGCUCACGUUCACUUCGCAGAGGACAAAGGAUAUGCACAUGGUUACGCACACGGGCAUAACAACGGAGAAAGUUUCUAAAAAGAAAUACGUGUGCAAUAUAUGCGGGGUGACGAUUAACUCAUACAGUAACCUGCGACUUCACAUGAAGCGACACGCGAAGACUUACACAUUGAAAUGCGAAGAUUGCGGGAAAGGUUUCUUCAGAAGAUACGAUUUGACUAUUCAUAUGAGAACUCAUACGGGCGAUCAACCCUUUAAAUGCGGGUUUUGUGAGCGGUCGUUCUCGAGGCGGACCACCUUAAUAAGUCACAUACAAACGCACACGGGACCGGGUUAUGUAUGCGACUACUGUCACACAAAAUUCGCAAUGAAACGAUACAUAGUGCGUCACUUGAUGAAAAGCAAAAAAUGUUACGAGAUUCGAGACCGAAGAUUGAAAACUGAAAAAUCUAAAGGAACAGAUGCUUCUAUUAAGGGACCUAAGGAUACGACUGAUGAAGAAAUAUCGACUAAUAAAAAAACGCCGAAAAAGCGACUGGUGAAUCGUGACUGACAAAUUAAAUAACCUCGAAGGUUUAUACUACAUCCAUCGGGCGAGUAAGUGAGCUCAUGGGGCUCUAACUUAUCGACGUUGCUAAUACUAGCCCUAGCAAGAGCAGUGCUUCGAAGAAUCUACCACCGAAUCGGAAACGCAACCCUGAGAAGGUCCGGAGAGAAAUUCAGUGGGCUACCUGCCACUAGAGCGGGGUUCAUAAUUUGACCUAGAGUCACUCCAUUCACAUGCUGUGCAUUUCAAAGGAUAAUUUCUGCAACAAACCUCCUCGCUUAAGUUUGUAUAGUAUUAUAUAAAAGUUACCAUAAAAGAAUAGUUCACACAAAUUUCAACAA